CGCAAGCCCAGUGCGUGCGCAAUGACGACGGCGGCGACGGUAGUGAUGGCGGCUCGCUGUGUAAGGCUGGCGCGGCGAAGUCUCCCCGCUUUGUCGUUGUGUCUCAGGCCCUCUCCAAGGCUGCUGUGUACUGCUGCAAAACAGAAGAGCAAUGGCCAGGGCCUGGAGGACGACACACGGGCCAGCGAGCCGAAGCCGGAGCCUCCCGCCACAGAUAAGGUCCUACUGGAAGAGAAGGGCCGGUUGGAGGAGCAGCUCAAGGAGACUGUGGAAAAAUAUAAACGAGCUCUGGCAGACACCGAGAACUUGAGGCAGAGAAGCCAGAAGCUGAUAGAGGAGGCGAAGUUGUAUGGCAUCCAGGGCUUCUGCAAGGACUUGCUGGAGGUGGCCGACAUUCUGGAAAAGGCCACCCAGAGUGUCCCAAAAGAAGAGAUCAGAGACGAGAACCCUCACCUGAAGAGCCUGUACGAGGGGCUGGUGAUGACCGAGGUGCAGAUGCAGAAGGUGUUCACCAAGCAUGGCCUGCUCAGGCUGGACCCUGUUGGAGCCAAGUUUGACCCCUACGAACACGAGGCCUUGUUCCAUGCGCCUGUGGAGGGGAAGGAGCCGGGCACCGUGGCGCUGGUCAGCAAGGUGGGCUACAAGCUGCACGGGCGCACACUGCGGCCCGCGCUGGUGGGGGUGGCGAAGGAAGCCUAGCUGCGCCCUGGCGUCCCUCACUGUGACUCCUGAAAGGCAGGGCUACCUUUCUCCCUGCGGGUGUGCCUGUGACCUGUAUCACGCCCAGACUGGUCAGAAGCAGGAAAAAGGGUGGCUGAGCCAGGGAAGGACAGCACCCACACGGACUCAAGAACUGAUUUGGUGUCUGCUCACUGCUGUCCUGUGCCACCGGUCACUCAUCUGCACACUUAAAGAAGGCCAAGGGUGUGGGGGCUUCAGUGUCCCAAACAGCACUGUAUCUAAACUCUGGUGAUCAUAAAGUAUUUUAAACAAAUAAAAGGUCUCUGGGAAU